CGAUCAAUUUAGCCAAAAUGAUGUCAUAGUCGAUGGGAGCUCUGUAAUGGAUGUUGGGGAUAACACAGUAUUAGGUGUCGUCGUCAGUCAACCAGGAACAGAUACUCCAGUAGAAGGCAAUGUUGUCGAAGACGCUUUACAUCAGACAAUUCAAGAAGAUGGUCAGACACAAAUUUCCAAUAUUACCCUUGGAGUUGUCAAUGUGCCUACGGUUUCAGGCAAUCAGCGUGAUAACGCGAUCAGUGUUCGUUUAACCGGCAUCCAACCUAGUGAGGUAAGAUUUGUGUUCACGAGCAAGCGAAAAAUUAAUGGACAUCAUAUAGUGUGUUUUCACGCGGACCGCUGUGACGUCACUAGAAUUUAGCGUCCGCCUUGUUGGUGGAGUAAAACGCGUCACGUGCGAGGAAUUUACUAGUGUUUACUUAUAGCUGUGCCAAAUCUGUUCGAAAUAUCCUCAAUAUGGCGGCUUUUUGUGUAGUGUUAAACUGUUCAAAUAACAAAUCUAAACGUAAAGAUCUUUCUGGCGGGUGCCGAAAGUUAUUAAAAAUCAAGGCGAGGAAAUGGAUAUAUUGUGAACCAAACGCAGUCGAAGAUGGCUGUCGUCCAUAUUAUAAACGCAGUCGAAGAUGACUAUCGGAGAAUACAGAAGAAAUGGUCAAAGAGGAGUUACAGAGAGUAAACGAACCUGGCGUUGUUGUUAAAUGUUUAUUUGAUCCUAUGACUAUGGACGAUAUAUUAGACAAUUUGCCAGAAAACGCGAGAAACGCCGGCCAUUUUACAAACAGACGUUUCAACAACAGUUGGCAAUUCAGACAAGCGAGUGUCAUAAUUCUAUGCUUCAAUCUAAGUUUUAAUUUCUGGGUAAACCAUGUUCUGCUGACUUUUAUUGAUAGACAAACUAAUCUCCUUUCAAAGGCACAGACGUUUUCAAGUUACAAGCAUCAUAACACUGUUAAAGUGUUAAAUAUUGGAAUUACACCACAAGGUACAAUUUGCUUUGUCAGUGAAGCUUGGGAAGGGAGGACUUCAGAUAGGUUCCUGACUGAGAACUGUGGAUUUCUGGACAACCUUAUACCAGGUGAUUUGGUUCUGGCGGAUAGGGGUUUCACUCUCCAUGAAAGUGUUCAGUUUCACCAAGCCAAAUUGAACAUUUUGGCAUUCACAAAAGGAAAAGACCAACUUAAUUCUGCUGAUGUGGAACUGACAAGAAAGAUUGCUACUGUCCCGAUACAUGUCGAAAGAAUUAAUGGUUUACUCAAAAAGAAAUAUACCAUUCUGCAACAAACUUUGCCAACUCAUUACCUUAUUUGCGGAAAAGGAGAAUCUGUUCCUCUCAUUGACAGAAUGAUUCGAGUUUGCUCUGCACUAGUAAACCUUUGCCCUCAUACUAUAUACAUUUUGAUUGAAGUAUAAGUAUUUUACAACAUUAUGUUUUCACCAAGAAACAGAAACACAUUCUUUCAACAUUUGGAAAUUUGGUGAUCAAGUCUGAGAACCUCCUCAUGGUGACCACUGGGCAACAGCAUGUUGUGUAAAUCAGGGGUGGAUUUGUAGGCUACUUUAAGGUUACAGAACACCUUUGAGUGUUAAUUUUGCCUAAAAUUUUUUUAUUGAUUUCGAUGAAGGCAUUAGACUAGUUCUACUAUCUGACCAAGUUUGAACGAAGAAUGUUGAAAACUCGCAGAGUUAUUUAAUAAAAUACAUUUCGCUGCAAUAAGAAAAACAUUGAAAAUGUAAUAUUCAAAUUCAAUUUUCUCCCGGAAAUUUUACGGUAAUUACUGAUUUUCAAACUAGUUGUGCUCCUGCGGGUUUUAACCAAUUUUUUUCAAAUUUUCACAGAACAUAGCUAAAUACGUUAGCUUCAAAAUUGUGUUCGGAUUUUUUUAAAUUUUGGAUAUUUUAAAAAUAAAGAGCAAUUCACUCGAACAAUUCAGAAAUAUAUUGCAGUCGUCAAAGAAAUCGCCAUAUCAGCGGAAUGACAAAAUAAACAAAAAUUUCCGAACACAAUUUUUUAGAACAACUAUUUUACUGUAUAAAAAUGAUAUUUUAGAGCACAACUCAAAAGCGUAAAGGUACCGCUACUUAAGAUUUUCCUGAAUAAUUCCUUACAUUAUUUUAUUGUUUGUUAAUUUUACAACUUUAUCAUAUUUUGCAUGCACUGAAGAACAUUUGGUGAAAAUUUGAUGAAAAUCGGACUGAUAUUGAGCGCGCAGUAGCGAUUUUCGGCAAAACACCAAAAAGGGUGUCCUGUAACCUUAAUUGUACUUUGUCCAAAAGAGACCCUUUUGCUGCUGCAAAGUAAAAAAUGUACCCCUGUUUGUUCCACGACAUGCUGGCUAAUCUCAGCAAGAAUAUUUAGUGCAAUUCUCAUGUGGGCUUGUGAUAUGGGGAAUAAAUACAUUACUAUUUCAACUAGGCCUGUUUGAAUACCAUGAACAUUGAAACAAUGUAAAAACCAUGUCCGUUGGGACUGUAUUAUUGGUGGGGGUUAAGUAAUUGAUUGAGCCACCCAAAGACUUGGGGUAGGCCAGGGCAAUAAACUAUUUUAUAUAGGGUCCCAUAGAUAUCAGAUUUGACAAAAUCUUUACUCAAAAUUUACACCAGGCCCUUAAAUGGUGGCAAAUCAAAGUAUGAACAUUGUGUAAAGUGCUGAGAUUAGCCAACAGGUUGUGCAAAAGGUUUCAAUUACACAGGGGUAGAUUAACACUUUAACAGACCAACAUAUGUUAUUGUACGAAUAAUAUGCAAAAUUAAAUGUUGUCCAGUUAAACAAUAUAGGGGUCCUGCCUGGUGUGCUAAUCUGCCCCCUGUUUACACAACAUGCUGUUGCCCAGUGGUCACCAUGUCGAGGUUCUCAGUCUUGACCACCAAAAAUGUUUAAUGUUUAUCAAAGUCUUAAGUCUGCAAUAAUUUUCAACUGCAAAAAGUUUCUAUCUUUGUCUUUGAUAGAGUUUUAUGUAUACUAAUUUUAACAGUUAGUUCAAUAAAAAUGCAAACUGAAUAUUGGUGUAAUCUUUUUUUAUUUUGUGCUCUCAACCGUCGGAAAAAGAGUCAUGAGACCAGCUUUCAGGCAAGCAUUCAAGUAAGUUCGCAUCUGUAUUAAUACAUGCACAUUAUAAAAUCGUGGAAUAUUUGGAUCCACCGAACCAAUGUGUAAACAAGACUUCUGAAUCAUUUGACUGUUGCUGUCUUCAAGAGAUUUUGCAUGUCCAGACAAAGGAAUCUCAUGAAUAAUUACUUUUUCUGCCUCGCUGUUUACGUUUAGUUUCGAAUCGCUGGCCGCCAUGUUGGAACUUCACUCCACCAACAUGGCGGCGUAUAAAAUUAAUUUAUGCUGUGACGUCAUGUGAAAACACACUAUAACUUAAAUGUAACUAUUGGGGAAAGUACUUUCGAUUGAUACUUUUCUCUAUACCGUGUAUAUCUUCCAAAUACUAAACUAAGAUUUAAUUUAUAAUGUAUUUGUAGUGGACGCUGCAACAAGAUAUAUCUUUCCGAAAUAACAUGUCUGAAGCAAUCGUCCAGUUUUGUAAUCAGAGUGAUGCACGAUUGGCUUCGUGCGGUCUCACACGGUAUGUUAAUAAUGAAGUAUAUUAGAACAAAAGUUUAUACACGUCAUCGCUAUCGUUAUGUUAUGUAUUAUAGUGCUAGGAAUAUAUAAAUGCAAUUAUAAACGUGAAUAGAAGCUAAAGCAUAAAAGUGUUAAUGAAAUUCAAUUGAAACAAUUUAUUCUAGGAUCGAAUCGUAUCCUCCAAGACCUUAUACGGUAGAUAGAAAUUACAUAAACCACAAAUAUUAUAUAAUGUAAUCGAAUGAUAUAAAGAUUGCCCAUUAAAUAACCCUUACAAAAAUAUUCUAUAGAAUAUUACAUUGAAAUAUUCUAUAGGAUAUUCUAUGGCAUAUUCUAAACGAUUUUGGAACACAUUCUAUGGGAUGUUCUAUGGGAUAUUCUAUGGAACAUUCAAUAGAAUAUUCAACUGAAUUCUAUAGAAUAUUCUAUAGCAUAUUCUAAACGAUUUUGGAACAUAUUCUAUGGGAUAUUCUAUGGAACAUCCAAUAGAAUAUUCAGCUGAAUUCUAUAGAAGAUUCUAUAGACGUCUGUUGAAUAUUCUAUAGCAUAUUCUAAACGAUUUUGGAACAUAUUCUAUGGGAUAUUCUAUGGAACAUCCAAUAGAAUAUUCAACAGAAUUCUAUAGAAGAUUCUAUAGACGUCUGUUGGAUAUUCUAUAGCACAUUCUAUGGAAUAUUCAAUUGAAGAAAACACAAUUACUGUUGUAUUAAAAAAGUAGUUUAAUAACUAAUAGUUAGUGGAACAGCUAGUUAAACAAUCAGAAUUAUGUGUUUAUAGCUAUCAUUCAACUAGGAAAUGGGUAUUUAAAAGAUAGUCAUUGUAAGACUUUUAUACAACUGGCCCAAGCAAGUUGGCAACUCGCAAGUUGGCAACAAUUAUAACAAAUUUAUUAUGUGGAGAAUAUCAUGUAUAUAAACAUUGCAAAGAUUUCGGUCUGCCUGGAUUUCCAUAUUAAGUACGAACAGAUGUAAAUAUCCAGGAUUGGAUCAAAAGUGCUGCCAACAGAACCAAUUUGGCAUUGUUCACAAGCCAAAAUAACUAUGCAAGAAUUAAAAUAAUAAACCUUGAACUAGUCAAAACUGUUGUUGAAUAACUCUAUUUAGUGAAUAUUUUUAUUACAAUAAGUGUUAAUAUUACUGUUCUGUGCAGAUGCUUUCUGGUUUGACUUUUCUACUUGUCACAAUGUUGUUAAUCCUUGUGUUAAUCAUUUAUCUCAUCAUUGUUAAUCCUUGUGGUCAUCAUUGAUGCAUGGUCUUCAAGAAGAACACUGCCCAUUUUUCAAGAGCCUUACUGGCUCUUGCAAGUCAGAAACUAUAUCUGUUAGGCAUGGCAUUACUAAAAAUGAAAAUUGAGUAAAUUUUACCCAUUAAGUUUCAUUGCAUCCUAUUAUUUUACUCUGUCUAACACCAGGGUGACCAGACAACUUUACUCUUCAAGGGGGGGAAAGCAGUUUUGCUCAAUGGGUUAACCCUUUAAUGUGCAAUGCACCCCCAUAUGCCCCACUUUAGUAUUUACUCUGUAUUGUAUAACGUACACCAGAUGAUUUUACUUGUCAAGGAAAGGGGCUUGGACGUUAAUGGGUUAAUCAGGCCAUCUGCAUGCCUAUGUGUCUAGCUAACCAUUUAAAUAAAAUUAAAUUUACUUUUAAUUAAAAGUUUAACUCAAUUAAAGACAUGUAUAUCAGUUACAGAAGCACGGCCCUGUUUAGGGGUGUUUACACUUUAGAAGAUCCAGACUGAUUUGUCUGGCUUGGGGACCACAAUUAGCUGGGCCAGGAUGUCAUUUUCCUCAUAUAAAGCACUAAUUAACCCAUUAAGCUGCAGAGCCUCCCCAUUGAUGAGUAAAAUCGCCCAGAGAUAGACAAGUAAAAAAAUAGGGCACACUGGGGCACAUUGUGGCCCAAUGGGUUAACUAGAGACAUUGUCAGAUUUUUUGGUUAAUUUAACCCAUUAUUAGCUGUGGCAUAUUGUGGCCCAAUGGGUUAAUGAAAACUGUAGCAUACAACCCGCCAAUAGAAAACAUAUUAUGUUGUUGUAAAUAUACUGUUAAAUGUUCAAUGUCACUUGGCAAAGUUAAAUAAAUAAAUAAAUAUUCAGCUGUUGAGAACAAUAUUUGGGGCCGGGCUAUAACCCAGCUGCAAUAUUUAAUACAAAUAUAUAUAAAGGCUUUAUCUCAAUCGGCACUAGUGCAUCUUGAAGCUUUACAGAUAUAUUCUAUACACAGGGCUUCAAAUUACUGUCGGACAUCGGACAAUGUCCGAUUAAAUUUGGCAAAUGUCCGAGCAAAAGUAAUUUUGAUCGGACAUUGGUCCGAUCACAAAAAAAACUGUCACAUACAUUUUUUUGCUGUGACAAAAUCCGAUUGCAAAUUCACUCAAUUUGCAUUUUGCAAUAAAAAAUGCGCCGGAAUGGCUAUACAUACUUUUCUCGUGACUUAUAUAUAUAUAUCUUGUGACGUAUACUGUAUAUGUCCGACCAAAUUUAGUGGUGUUGGUUUUUGUCCGACCAAAUUCAAGUUAUGUCCGACCAAAAUUAAAAGUGAUCGGACAAAUGUUCUGUCAAGUCAAAUAUUUAUUUGCAGCCCUGUAUACAUGUAUACAAAUAAAUUAAGCUCAUUGACCCAUUAAAGAGAAUUAAAUAGCUAAUUGCUAGAUGAAGUAAAAUUGUCUGGCAUUGGACAGACUAGUAAUGCAAUAGUAGAUUAGUAGGGUGCAUUUUGGGCACAUGCAUUGCAGCUUAAUGGGUUAUUGAAGAUCAAUACACUGAAAAUAUCACAUUAAAUGCUGUAAUUAUUCUGUAAUUCCAAUCCUUAUUGAAGUAUUAAAAUGUUAUUAACAUAUAUAUCUUUGAUAUGUUUAAUUAUUAUAUUAUCUCAUAUACUUUGACAAAGGUCUAUGCAUCUAGCAAAGUGCCAAAUUAUGUCAAAGACAAAUAUUGCUAAAUUGUUACAAUAGUGGGUAAUUUAGUAUAGAAUUCACAAUAAUGGUUCGAAUUUAUAUUUUAUUUAUUCUUCCCUUGCUAGAAAUCGAAAUUUCGUAUGUUUUUUUUAUGCAAAUCGACGCGGCAAAUUCAAACAUUCAACGGAAUUUAAGACACAUGGCCCAAGUAUAAACAAUCAUAUUCACUACAUUAUUUCGGAAUUAAAGUGCUUAAAUAGCAUCAAACAUGAAACUGUUCUUACCUGUGAGAUUUGAAUAACAUUUUGAGAACUUUCCAAUGCCUUUUCCAUCGUUUGGGUAAAAAUAUAAGGGAAAAUUUCCCUUGAAAUCCACAUGUAAGAGUAUUUUGAAAUUUCAAUUUUAAAACGACGCUAUCCCAUGAAGCUUCGCGCCCUUGCACGUAAAUUAGGCACCAGGCUUCCAGUCAAUGCGCGUACUAUUGCUUCUAAAGAAAAUCAUAUCUAAUUAUCUUAUAUUAAGACUAGUAUUAUAUAAGAAAAUAUUAAAACAUCUUAUUUAAAGAAUCUUAAGUUAAUCAGUUAAGUUAUUAUUGGAAAAUAUUUUUUGUUUCAAAAACAAAUUGUCUUGAAAGAAAUAUUUUUCUAAAAUCAAUCAUGAUCUUUUUUCUUCAUGUAAAUUUUUGGGACACAAUAAUAUUGUAAUAAAGUAUAAAUAAUAAACUAGGCUUAAGUCAAUAGGUUUAUCACAUUCUAUGAUAUACUCUAUAGAAUAUCCUAUACUAUUUCAUUAUAGAAAAUAUUUUAUAGAAUAUGCUAUUGGAUGUUUCAUUUGAAUGUGCAAUAGAAUAUUCUAUAGGAUCUGGAAGUUCUAUAGAAUAUGGCAAUAGAAUAUUCUAUAGGAUCGCAAGUUCUAUAGAAUAUUCUAUAGGAUAUAGAAUAUUCUAUACCAUAUUCUAUAGGAUUCUAUAGAACAUUUUCGUAAGGGUUAAGCUCAGCAUGAAGAAUAAAGUAGUUUAAUUUCAUUAAGUAAUGUUCAUAUCCUUCUGCAUGGGUAUCGUCGGCGGUGGUAUAGUAGUACCUCCAUUGACUAAACACGUUUUCUGUUAAUUAUAGAGAUCAACUGAACGACAUUGAUUUCCUGAAUAUCCAGAUUUUGCCCAAUUCUCCCACGCAAGAUGGCGAGGAUUCAAUUCUGUCAUUCUUUGUUUAUCUACCAGGUGGAGCAACAAUGUCCUCAGAUCUUUUGAAUACUAUUUACACUUCAUCUCCAAAUGUCAUAUCACAACCUUCUGUACUAAAUACGACUAUGAGUCAAAAUCCUGUCCUGACAGCUGAUCAAACUGUAAACCUUGUACAACUUACAGUAAAUGGACUCUAUCCAACACAGGUAUACCGGGUUUUUUAUCAUCUACGUGUCUACGAAAAAUUGCUUAUGCUAACCAAACAAACCCUGAACUAUAUUUAAACUAUAGUUACAGGGUUCGGAGUGAGUGUAAACUUUGACAACAAUGGCGAGUUUUUUACAGUCAAAAACAUUACGCAAGCAUUCAAAGGACGUUUUUGGCUUUCUUUGACUCAAUAUAAGUUUAAAAACCGGAUAAGUGCAUCCACACUCCACAGAUCUAUUUUUGUUCAAAAUAUGUAAAUUACAAACCCUGAACUUUAUUUAAACUAUAGUUACAGGGUUCGAAGUGGGGUCAACAGAAAUAGCCAUCUUCUAGUUGGCGCAAAUGUAGCAGUGUGAAAAAGGCUUGUUUUUAGCAAAUUGACGAAUCGCAGAGCUCUUUUGAUCCGCUAAAAACACUAAUAGUGCAUUUAAGAUGAUAAUGUGUGAUGUAGCCGGCAAGUGAUAGCUUUAUCUUCAAGUUCCAAGGUUCGAAACAUAUGUACUCUCGUACAGAUAUUUUUUCGUGCACCAUUUUUAUUUUUUCGUUGUUGCAAAACUUAAAAUUUGAUUAGUAUUUACCGUCAAAAUAACAAGUUAAAUCAGCUAUAUAGCGUGGCGUAUAUUUUCUUUUUACAGUGAUAUAAAAAAACAAAUUUGAAAAAUACAAAAAAGAAAAAAAAGAAAAAAUAUAAAACAAGAUUUGCAUAUUUUUGGUUCAGAAAUGUUUAUAAAUAAUUGUUUCGUAAUUUAAGCGCAUUACGGAUGUCGCGCCAGCAACAUUGCUUUUGCCAGAGCGUUUCCAGUCCUGGAUUGUCUAUGGUGAAAUCAAAUGCCGAUAGCAACGCUUAUGAUAAUUUAUCUAUUAAUAAGUCCCCGUCUCUUCAAUAUGGCCCCUCCAUUUAGAUAAAGAAAUGUAUUAAAUUGUAAAGACUCGAAAACGUCAGUUGCGUACAUCUGUUUACUUCUGUCAAAUCUUCAGAAAGUUAUACAGUUAUAUUGAUCCAGACAGCAUUUCUGACGAAAUGUUUAUCAAACAAGCUGUUGGGAAGUUUGCUUUGAAUUUUAGGUUAAUUUAGAUUUAAGCUAACCAGCUUUCGAACAACCGUGUGUCCAGUAUUUUGCAAUGUGUAAUAAAUUGCGUUUCUUUGUCGAUUCCCAGCGCCCACCCCCAGUUUGUGGAAUGGAUUUCAUAUAGGACAAAUGUACGUGAAGUAGUAAUUUUUAUUAUAUGGACAAUGGUGUUUUACUGGAAACUAAAACACUCGUAGAACUCAUACGCGGACCAGAACUCCGGGACCAGAUGCGCGUAUUUUGCGUAUUUCACGCUUCCAAGUGACGUACGAAGUUCGAAAAUUUCCCGCCAUUUUCAUCGUUGUUUUGAAAAUACAAAUGGUCUUUGGUUCGUAUAUAAAACGAAAUUAACGUUGAAAUAAAACGAAAACAGUUAAAAGACAUCUUGAGAUACUAAAAUAUAUUCUAGUAUUUAUCCUCUAUAUCUCCCCCAUUCUUCUGUUUCCUCUUUCGGCUGCAAUUCAUGCACUAUGCUUCCACUUGAAAUAAGAUUAAGUUGUUACUUACGGAUCUGACAAUUAAAAUGUUAUAUUGCAUUAGACCUAUAUUAAAAAAGGUGAAAUAUCUUAUCAAUAAACAAAUUAUAUGUCUUUUAAUGGCAGGAUGUUAGGUUGGAUGUCGAAACUACAAUUGCAAACAGAUUGAAUGCAUAUUGUCACAAUUCGGGGGCUGUAAUUUGUCCUACUAAUGGGUAGGUUUGUGAAAAGUGUUAUUAUAAAUGUUGUAUUAAUGCCCUGAGCCAAAGAAGAUACUAAUUUCGCGCCCGCGGCUAUAUGAAGGUAUGGGUGUUUGCGCCCGGGUAUAAUUAUGAAGGUAAGACAAUAAUCGCGAACAAAUGGCAACUGUAAUGAAAUUAGUUUAAGCCGUUUUUAUACCGUUUAUUGACUAGAAAUACUGAACAUGCAUGAUUUUAAGCCUGCUUCAAAUUCAAACUUUUAUAUCUCGUUUAUAGCUACUAUUGCAAGAAAGUUCAAGUGUUACAUGCAAAAAUUCAAGUUAAUAUAAUUAUCAUGAAUAUAAUUAAAACGCGUUCCAAAGAAUUUUGAACAGUUCCAAACUUGUGAUUUUCCGCACAGAUUAAGGAAAUUAACGAAAAGUCGCAGACUCUUCAUUUUUUUAAAGAAAUUCGGACAGGCACAAUUUGAUUGUCUGCACAAACACCCUUUUUAUAUCAACUCAUGAGUCAUGAUUCCACUAUAUACAUGUACAAUAAAUACGGUGCCUGAAGUUAAAUUCUGACUCCUCUAUAUCUUGCUUCCAAAACUAAUGGAGUCUGAAAUUCAGACUCCCUUAUAUCUUGCUUUCAGAUAAAAGUGUGCCUGAAAUUCAUGCACCCCUAUAUAUAUAUAUUGCACCAAAUAUAAGUUGAAUUAAAUUAAAUAGAAAUUGCACCCUAUAUCUUUUAAAUAUAUAAGGGCGUCUGAAUUUCAGACACCCCUAUAUUUGGAUGCAAUACACAAUGCUGGCAAUACACAAUAAAUAUAUAACUGAUGCAAAACAUAGGAAUGUCUGACAUUCAGACUGCCUUACAGUAUAAUUCAAAGGUCACACGUUCCAAACGAAAAUGGGGUUUUCCUUAUAUUUGUCUCCGCUAGAAAAGGUAUUUUUCAAAAAAUGGGUCGGUGCAUUUUUUUAUUUUUUUUCCAAUAAUCUCAUUAUAACUGUCUGAAACUGCAACUUAUAACCGAAUCUGCAACUUAUAACUGUCCGCAGUGAAUCUAGAUUUCAUGCAGUGAGUUUAACAAUUUAUAAAUCGAGGAAAAAAUACCUUAUAUGAAAAUUCUCAAGUUUUCUUACCCUUACAAUAGAAAUUUUUUGAAGACGACAGUAUGCCUAUAAAAUAGCCGCAUUGCGGAUCAUUUUUCACUGAAUUCAGCUAAAUUUGUUAUAUGUAUGAAUUUCAGACACCCUUAUAUUCUAUUGCGAGGUAUAUGGGUGUCUGAAUUUCAGACACACGAUUCGGUAACUAUAUCUUGCAUGAUCGUUUAUUCUAUUUCCAGCGAAAUUCUGAAAUUCAUACACCCAUAUAUGUUACACCAGUUAUUCUAUUGCUCAUGCAUUUUAGCAGACAGUUCAUUUUUUUCUUCUAAAAGUUAUGUAUUGUGCAGCAAAAUGAACAUUUAUAUCAGAAUAUUCAGCAAAAUAGCUAAGAAAUUCAAAUUUUUUUUCACCAAUUCCUUCGAUUUUCCUUGAUUUUGGAGAUAGACUGAACACACUCAGUACAAAUUAUAGAAAAAUAACAAAAACGUAAGCCAGAAAAAUUGCUGUCAGCAAAUAUCAAGAUUAUACAUCAAUACAAUUUAGACACAAUUUCGCAGGAAAUCGCCUUAUUCUUCGAAAUUUGGGGCACAAUCACGAUGACUUGGCAAUUAAACAGCAUUUUGGCAGAAAAAUGAGAAAAUUCCGCAAAAUUUUAGUACAAAUUCAAAGUUUAGAGUUGUUCAAAAAUCUUUGGAACGCGUUUUAAACUUAUUUGGUUGCAACUGCAUGGUAGUAGCAACUUCCCUUCAAAGUAAACUUAUUCCAGUUAAUGGUGAUAUCAAAGAGGGAUUUCAUUUAUAACAAUGUGUUUUGUCAAAACAUACAUGUAUUUCCUUAUCAGAACCUUCACCAAGGUUGAUGUUCUUGUCCAAAUUGGUCCUGCUACUGGCAGUGUUAGUUUCGUCGUUCUUGAUCCCCAGAUAGGAUCAUCAGUUCCAGCCAAUGGUGUACAAAAUGCAAUCAGUGGAGAAUUUAUCUCCGACCUUCUCGGCUUAGCAUUUACAGUGCCAGUACCACAGGAAAAUAUUGAUAACGCAAUCAAUGUCGUAUUGAAAGAUUUCCAAGCAGAUCAGGUUUGUUUUUUCUUGUACUUAUAAUUGCAAGGGCGCCACCAUGAAAGGCCUUGGAAAUAGUCUUAUUAGGAUGUUUUACCAUGUCCAGAUAUAGCCUAAUAACUGUAAACAGUGUAAAUUCUGUUGAUGUUGACAAACAUUUUGAGCCGUAUACUGUAAAGGGCGUGUGUGAUUAAUAUUUAAAAAUCGUACCGCCAUUAGACGUGGAUUUCAAUUGAUCUGGCCAUGCAUAACGAUUAGCUGAGUUAACUCAAUUCUGAAAUGCUCGUUCAGUGAAAUUCAAUUUAUAUGCUAGCCUACGUUAACUGUAUAUAGAUGACAUAAUUAUAUUUGAUACAUACUCCUCAGUUGUCGUCAAUGUUCGAAAUGAAGGGUAAUUAUUGUAAAUUUUUUAUAAUGGAAGUUCUUUCAGUACAGUGUGAUUAUUAUGAUUUAAAACGGCAUUAUAUAGAAAGUGCACGUACAAUUCGACAAAUUGUACGUACUUCAAAUUUUUGAUGCAUUUAUUAUAAUUCAAGUAUUUACUAAUUUGGUAUUUAUAUAGUGGUCUCUCCGAGAUGAACUCUUUCGGGGGAACAUGGCAGAGGAAAUCAAGGCAUUCUGUAUCAUGUCAACCUACCAUCGUGAUAUCUGUAACAUUUCGGA